AUGCAUUCGAAUAAACCGCUAUUUAGCAAAUUCAAUUUCGGCAGCUGCUUUGAUACGCCCUUUACGAGAGCACGCUAUAAUGAAUCAACAGCAGCGGCUACAGCAAUAACGACAACAGAAACAGCAACGACCACCACCACCACCUCGACACAGUCAACGAAGCCACAACCACGUAAUUGUGUGCAUGCCCGACUGGGCACUUUCUGCGAACCCGUCAAGUUGAAUGUCUAUGACAUACUCAAAAUCAAUGAGUACUCCGCUUAUAUUGGACUUGGCGCCUUUCAUUCCGGCGUCGAACUCUAUGGCACUGAAUUCGCCUAUGGCGGCCAUCAAUUUCCAUUUACGGGUAUCUUUGAAAUGUUGCCACGUGACCAUGCGGAUUUGGGUACGAAUUUUCAAUUUCGCCAGACCGUCAAUCUCGGAUGCACCCAAUUCACAUGUCAGCAGGUGUAUGAGAUAGUCGAAGAGUUGGGUCAGAAGUUUACUGGCAGUUCAUAUCAUUUGAUCAAUAAUAAUUGCAAUCAUUUCUGUGACUAUUUGGCGCGAUUUCUUUGUGGCAAAGCAAUACCCGGCUGGGUGAAUCGAUUGGCAACCAUUAGCGGUUAUGUGCCAUUUUUACAACGCAUCCUACCGCGUGACUGGUUGACGCCGAGGACAACGCUACGUGAAAGUGUGACUGUUAUGGAGAAUAGCAAUUCCACUUCGUAUGCCAAUGUGAUUAAUAGAGAGAAAUAA